GAUUGUACGCCAGGGCGAGGGAGUGAAAGCUCGAUGUGUUUUUGGAGGUCCCGAGGUGUAUUCGAUGAACUCGGGAUGCUCGGGCGGAUGGCGGAAUGAAGAAUUGGAGUUUAAAGGCUUGAAGAACUCUAAAACUCGAAACCCGGAAAGAGCAAUGGCUCAAAAGCUACCCGGGAAAAUUGGUUAA